UAACAAGAAGAAUUGACUUCCUUAUCUGCAGAGCCGGCUCUGGUCUCUUGAAGCAGAUGCGAAGUAAAAGUCUCCCCGAAUGAGAAAGAAUACACGGAAUCAGCAGUGAAUUGCAGUGACCUUUCAGAUAAAGCACCUGUUCGACUUUGUCCUCUCUCAGGCCCGGCGGUGGCGUCUCAGCUGGGCAGGUGUCCUGUCCUUUCCUGUCACCUGUCAGUCUUCCUCUUCCUCGUGGUCCAUUCAGCAACAUCAUUGCUGCUCUGGGUGGUUGCAUGUGGUUGUUUGCCUGCAAGCAGAGACUCAGAGCCUUGGGGCACUGAGGUCUGCUAGUUCCAUCUGUUCAUCUGGAACCUGGAUCUAAGGAGGGAAGAGGCUUUAUCCCUGCUGGCAUAGUCAGGUACCAGCCCAGCCAGGUAUUGAACAAGUUGGGCUUUUAAUGAUGGUUCCUGCUGACCUGGAAACAUCUUAAGUGGAAGAAAUUAUCUACUUGCAGCUGUGGAGAAUUUAUCUGGUGAAACCUCAGAAAAAAGAUAUGCUUUUGUCUUAAAUGCAUGUCAGCGGCUGCAGCAGAACCCGGUGAAAACACCCCCGGGUGGCACAAGGCUCUGUGAGCUGUAACUCCGACAAACGCACAACCUCUUGAGGCUUUCUUCUUCUAAGGAGUAUGACACAGUUAAAAAGGAAAAAAGAGCCACAAGCAAAACAGUCGCCAGUGAACUAGGAGAGGGAGCUCUCUAAACAAGGCUGGCUGCAGCUGGCCUCCGCUGCUCAUCUGCAGGGCGCGAGCGCUUGGUCCAUGGAGUGAAGCUCUUCCAACCUGGGUCAACGAAAAGGGAGAAGAAAUGGCCCAAGAAGUAGAUCUGAAUGCUCUCAAGGAGUUAGAACGCGAGGCCAUUCUCCAGGUCCUGUACCGAGACCAGGAGGUUCAAAACGCAGAGGAGGAGAGGAUACGGAAACUGAAAAUGCACUUGCAGCAUCUCCGGUGGAAAGGAGCGAAGAGCACGGACCAGGAGUACAAAGAGAAGUGCUGUGCGCGCUGCCAGAGGGUGCUGGGGCUCCUGCUGCACCGGGGCGCCGUGUGUCGGGGCUGCAGCCACCGCGUGUGCGCCCAGUGCCGAGUGUUCCUGAGGGGGACCCAUGCCUGGAAGUGCACGGUGUGCUUCGAGGACAGGAAUGUCAAAAUAAAAACUGGACAAUGGUUCUAUGAGGAACGAGCCAAGAAAUUUCCAACUGGAGGCAAACAUGAGACAGUUGGAGGGCAGCUCUUGCAAUCUUAUCAGAAGCUGAGCAAAAUUUCUGUGGUUCCUCCUACUCCACCUCCUGUCAGUGAGAGCCAGUGCAGCCACAGUCCUGGCAGGUUACAGGAACUUGGUCAGUGUAGAGGAUUUAAUAAGUCCGUGGAAAAUUUGUUUCUGUCUCUUGCUACCCACGUGAAAAAGCUCUCCAAAUCCCAGAAUGACAUGGCCUCUGAGAAGCAUCUUCUUGCCACGGGCUCUGGGCAGUGUGCGGGCCAGACAGAGAGACGGAGCCAGUCUGACACUGCGGUCAACGUCACCACCAGGAAGGUCAGUGCACCAGAUAUUCUGAAACCUCUCAAUCAAGAGGAUCCCAAAUGCUCUACUAACCCUAUUUUGAAGCAACAGAAUCUCCCAUCCAGUCCGGCGCCCAGUGCCGUAUUCUCUGGAGGUUUUAGACAUGGAAGUUUAAUUAGCAUUGAUAGCACCUGUACAGAGAUGGGCAAUUUUGACAAUGCUAAUGUCACUGGAGAAAUAGAAUUUGCCAUUCGUUAUUGCUUCAAAACCCAUUCUUUAGAAAUAUGCAUCGAGGCCUGUAAGAACCUUGCCUAUGGAGAAGAAAAGAAGAAAAAGUGCAAUCCGUAUGUGAAGACCUACCUUCUGCCUGACAGAUCCUCCCAGGGGAAGCGCAAGACUGGAGUCCAAAGGAACACGGUGGACCCGACCUUUCAGGAGACCUUGAAGUAUCAGGUGGCCCCUGCCCAGCUGGUGACCCGGCAGCUGCAGGUCUCCGUGUGGCAUCUGGGCACGCUGGCCCGGAGAGUGUUUCUUGGAGAAGUGAUCAUUCCUCUGGCUGCGUGGGACUUUGAAGACAGCACAACACAGUCCUUCUGCUGGCAUCCGCUCCGGGCCAAGGCAGAGAAAUACGAAGACAGCGUUCCUCAGAGCAACGGAGAGCUCACGGUCCGAGCUAAGCUGCUCCUCCCUUCAGGGCCCAGAAAACUCCAAGAGGCUCAAGGGACAGAUGAGUCGUCACUUAAUGGCCAACUUUGUUUGGUAGUGCUGGGAGCCAAGAAUUUACCUGUGCGGCCAGAUGGCACCUUGAACUCAUUUGUUAAGGGCUGUCUCACUCUGCCAGACCAACAAAAACUGAGACUGAAGUCGCCAGUACUGAAGAAGCAGGCUUGUCCCCAGUGGAAACACUCGUUUGUCUUCAGUGGCGUAACCCCAGCUCAGCUGAGGCAGUCGAGCUUGGAGUUAACCGUGUGGGACCAGGCUCUCCUUGGAAUGAACAACCGCUUGCUUGGGGGAGCCAGGCUUGGUUCAAAGGGAGACACAGCUGGUGGCGGGGAUGCAUGCUCACAACUGAAGCUCCAGUGGCAAAAAGUCCUUUCCAGCCCCAAUCUAUGGACAGACAUGACCCUUGUCCUGCACUGAUAUGAAGGCCUCAAGGUUCCAGGUUGCAGCGGGUGUGAAGCACUGUGCGUCUGCAGAGUGGGGCUACAAACCAGGUGCAGGGUCCCAGCUGGAGACCCUUUGGACCUUGAGCAGUCUCCAUCUGCAGUCCCGUGGCUUAAACACCUACUGGUAUCUGUGUAUAUUUAAGUUAAAUACAACAAUAAUGUAUGUUACCUAAGCCUCUUGUGGGUUAUCUCCGAGAUGCAGAAAAUGGCCAGAUUUCAAUAAACGUUGUUACCGGCA